UCGAAUGAUGAUGGCAACAUGCCGAUGCCGACGCGGCGGCCAACGUCCAACAACGAAAGCACGACGUACAUGGCCGUGAUGCACACGAGCUUCUUCUGGGGCAAGGACGUGGUGGUCCUUUUCGCCGGCUGGCCCGGCUCCGGCCGCCUCGGCAUGUAUAUAUUAGCGCUUGCCGCCGUGUUCGUGCUCGCCGCCAUCGCCGAGCUUUUCUCCCCGGCUCCGGCUACGAAGCCGCGGCAGCAACUUCAUCCUGCCGCCGCUUCCGGUGCCGCCGCUCACGCCGCCUCGCACACCCUUCACAUGGCUCUUGCCUACUUUGUUAUGCUCUCUGUCAUGUCGUUCAACGUCGGAAUCUUUCUGGCGGCUGUGGCUGGCCACGCCGCUGGCCGCUUCAUCGCUACGUACAAAGCGCUGACGGCGGCGGCGGCGCGGCCGACGGAGGAAGAGGACUACUAGAUUUUGGAUGUUCCUUUUUAUUUUCGGUUUUUUCUGGUUUUCUUUUAGGAAAGGCCGGAGACAAUCUUUAUCUUGACUAAUUUUCUAAGUUAGUUAAUUAAAAUUAGAAUUUUUUAAUCCUUGAUAUAAACUUAGGCCUCAAAUACUUACACAUGCAUCCCAAUCAUCGGCGGAUCCAAACUUUUUAAUCAUAAUAUUUAUUAAAAAAUAGUUGUUAAAUAUGACAGCUUCAAAGCCAGGUCCAUUAAAGAUGAAGAUGAAACAUCCACAAUAUGAGAUACUUUUAUAUAGUAAAUCAUUUCAUUUAUCUAAAAUAAUAAAAAAAAAUUAAAAUGUGCCAUAAUUUUCAAUCUUCUAAAAUUGGAUGAAAGAACUUUAAACAAAGUUUUGAUGAAUUUGAACUUUAGUCUUAUCAGUUAUCAUAUGUAAUAAUAUAGAACUGAAAUAUAUAUUUUUUAAUUCAUAAAAUACACCACAAUAAAUAAUGAUUAAAUGCAAGAGCAACAUAAUAAUACACCAAGCUCAAAUGAUUAUCCAAUCCUAU